GUCUGGGAGGCCCCUCCUCUCUCUCGACUCUCCACUUCCCAUCUCUCCCUUCAUCCCAUUUGCUAUUGUACGUGCCCAAUCGCCGUAUACUUUCUGCAUUUAACUCGGGUGACAUUUUUAUUUCAUCAUUAGCAUCUGGCGCCAGACGGACGCGGUGAGCAUCAUUUUCACCAAGGAGCUCGCGGAAGAUGAUCAGCAAGAUUAAUAUUGUUUAUCUCGCCUCGUGUUAUUGUCUUUGCUUUUAACGCUAGUGCUGACUGCGUGAACAACUACGUUUGAGUUUCCUCGACUGGAAAAGUUUUACACGGACCUUCAAAGUAUUAAAAGAUUUUGAGAAGAUUUUUAACGGUUGAUUUUUCACUGUGGUCAAAAGUACCAGAGUCCUCACUUCCAAGUCAACAUGCCCGAAACAACCCAGGAUACGUGUGCCUCAGUGAAAGAAUCUCCAUUUUUUAUCAAAAAUCUUCUUAACUCUGACCGAAAACCAUCAAAGCCUAAACCUUUUUUGGCAUCAACUAAAGCUGGACUUGAUGGCAGCUUCUCGCUCUCUCAAGUUGGGGAAUUAAACUUUCCUCGAUUUGAGUUGCCGACCCAGCGCUUUGCGUUACCGGCUUACCUUGAGCGCGCGUCUGCGUGGUGGUACCCUUACACACUCAGUGCAUCUGCGCAUCUCCACAGAACAGAAGCAGCACAGAAAGCGAGAGAAUCGUCUCCGACCACAUGCAACGACAGAGAUUCACCCGAGCUUGUGCUCAAAUCAGACCCGGACGCCAAAGACGAUGAAGAAGACAAUAAGAGUGGAGACGAGAUCGUCCUAGAGGAGAGCGACACCGAUGAUGCCAAAAAAGAAGGCGGCGUGGACGACUGGAAGAAGAGCGACGAUGGGGCAGACAAAAAGGCUUGCCGGAAAAAGAAAACGCGCACGGUGUUCUCGCGGAGUCAGGUGUUUCAGUUGGAGUCCACCUUCGACAUGAAACGCUACCUCAGCAGCUCAGAGCGCGCAGGCCUGGCCGCCUCCCUUCACCUCACAGAGACCCAAGUUAAAAUAUGGUUUCAGAACCGAAGAAACAAGUGGAAACGUCAGCUGGCAGCAGAGCUGGAGGCGGCCAAUUUGAGCCACGCGGCUGCGCAAAGGAUUGUGAGAGUACCCAUCCUCUAUCAUGAGAACUCGGUCUCUGAUAGCUCCAGUACACAGGGCAACGUGCCCGUCAGCCAGCCGCUGCUCACUUUCCCUCAUCCGGUUUACUACUCUCAUCCCAUCGUCACCUCCGUGCCGCUCCUAAGACCAGUUUGAGACGACUAGAGAUGGCCUUUUCUAUGUAACUAUGUAUCUAAUACAAUUUUACAAAGACUAAAAGACUUGAAAAGAGAGAAAGAAAAGGAGAAGCGAAACCAAGAGACAAAGCUAUUUUUGUUUAGAAAAUUAUUUAAAAAAACGAAAAGAAAAAAUGUACACUAUCAUGCAUUUGAGCCCAACUUGUUUGCUUUACAACUCACAAAAAUACACGAGGCAUAAAAGGCGAUUGUUUAGAGGCCUAUUUCGAAUGAUGUUGUUGGUUGGUGGUGAAUUACAAUGACUUGGUUAAUUUACUUCCACUUAUUAUUAUUAAUGUUAUUAUUAUUAUACCUAUUACAAAUCUCUCAAAUGCCUCUCAUUUUCUAUAAAUAUCAGUUAAGAAUUUAACUCGACGUCAGUGUGUUUAUACACAUAAAGUUGUUAAGUUUGUAAUAGCACGAAAAAAAUAAUCACACAGCCUGAACCACGAAUGUGCAAUACUACUGUGUAUUAUAUAUUUACGCAACAAUUCUUUUGACAUUGAAGCAUUCUUUUAGACACAUUUAUUAGGCUAAAAAAUAUUUGAAAAGUAACCGCUGAAACGACUUUGUGUCAUUGGUCCUGCGCGUUCAAUGGACAAUCACAGGAUGAUGAUUUGACAGAAUUUAGCCUAUUGAAGGCGUGCGCGCACACACACUCACAAUUAAAAAACUAAAACAUUUACUUAUAUUAUUUACAGAUGUGUAUGUACAUGUACAGAUAUAACGAACCAAAUGAGGAAAAGGUGUCAUUUGUACAGUAAUUAACCAACUUUUUUUUACAUUGUAUUGCUAAAUUUUGUUGUGAAAUAA